GACUAAACUUUGUGUUUGCAUUCAUUUUGGUGGGAUUUUUAAGAACAAAUCCAUCUUCAUCAGUAUAUUCUUACUAUUAGAUUACCUGACGGAUCUUGGGCUGCCAUAAUUAAUUUUGUGGUUUGAUUUGAUUAUCUAAAGAAGAAUGCAAUUGAAAGGGGUAGUCGACAAGGAAAAGAAUAGAGUACUCUUUGUAGAAUCUGAUGAGGACUCUCUUUAGUUUUCUCACAAUGCCUAUGGGAGCAAUUGUUAAGCUCAUCCAUAAUAACCAACCAACAACUAAAGUUGGAUGCAUGAACAAUUUGUAUGUGAGCGUUGAGAAACUUGAUGUUAGGCGUCUCAGGACUAAAACAUGUAGAACAAUGUUGCUACAACCUCGGAAUGGAGCUGAAGAUCAGUGCAGGGAACUAAAACUUCAAAUUCAUAGAGGAACUUUCAUGUUCUUUUCUUGUGACAAUUAUUCUAAGUGCAAAUUGGUGAGUCAAUAUGACGGUACUAUUUGUGAUUGUGGAGAAGGAAUGCAUUGUUAUGUGAGCUUGGUCAAGAGUCGGUCGAAGGAUAAAGUUUCUGAUUCUCAAGAUGGUGUCUUCGUUAAGCGACUGACUAGAGUAAUGAUAAGUGAUAAUUUACAAGUGAUGCCUCCUUCAAGUGAAUCAAGCUUUUCUUUGCUUUCCAUGCUUGGAGUUAUAGAUGUGAAUUCCGUUGAGGAGAGAACAUUUGACAUUGGAGUAGAUACGGUUGUGGAUUUGCUGAAAAGCUCAUUGGUAUCCGAGACAGCCUUGACAGAAAUCUUAUUGAAGCCAAAAGAAAUACCUGAUAUAGUCAAGAAAAUAUCGAAGAGACACGGUUUCUCACUUAAAACAAAAUCAGGGGAUUGCACAUCCAAAGGAAAUGACAAGAUCCGUAUUAAGCUCAUGCUCAGCAAAUCAAAAAAAAUGGUUUGUUAUGCAGAAGUCAGAGAAGAUUUUGUUAAUUUACUCUUCAGCUUCCUUACUGUGCCACUUGGUUAUAUAUUGAAAGAAAUGGAUGGUGCUGCUUCAAAAGGAUGCAUCAAUCAUCUAUAUGAUAGUAUUGCGAGUCUUGAUGUUGAGAAAUACUUCAAGUCAAAUGACCACAAAGAGAUUCUACUGAGUCCCAAGAUUGCUCCUAACUUGGGUUAUGCGAAUCAGCUACUGAGGGUAGAGGAAGCUGUUCACCCGGAAUACUACUCUGUGCUAUAUGGACCUUAUGCUCGAAAUAUUUCUGCAGACAAACCUACUAGUGGUACAGUGACUGCCAUAAGUGUGAAGGAUCCUAUAUCAUCUCACAAGUUAACUAAAACUAGUGGAGGAUUUGUGAUGGGACCAGGAAUGUUUACAGUAACUGAUGAUCUGACUGUGACACCCAUAUCCGCUGUAUCAGGAGUAUCUGCUUUAAGCAAAUUGAAGGUGCCAUUGAAUGACGUCGAGGAGCGCUCUGUUUAUGUGGGCACCAAGGAGGCUGUGCAUCUCAUGGUAAAUUCGUUUAUCUCGGAAUCUGCUUUAACUGAUACUUUCAUCUCCCAAGUACUCAAAGUGCCGAAGCAAGAAUCUUGAGCAUUUCAACGGUCAUUUAGUGCUAGAAAUAAAAGGACGUGCUUAUCUGUGCACAGAUUUUUGCUGUUACUGGUGGAUACUACUUUUAUCAGCUAACCUAGCACAAUAUAUGCAUUAUGGUAUAAAUUUAUGUUGAACUUGUCCAGAUUGCGUGGUAAUACAUUUUUCAUUAACUCGGUGCUUUAUUAGGUUUCAUUUGCUCUAUGAUAACUGAUAAGCAUAAGUUAAUAGGAAAUGAGUUUCUCAA